AUGGCUGGAACCUCAUCCAACACCUCAUCGUUGCCGUAUCAUGAGCCAGAUAUUGUCACCAUCCUCGUACAGACAUCACUUUUGCUGCUUCUCAAUGUUGUCAAUGCCGCGCUUGACAAGCUUCUCUACUGCGGCUUGCUAGGACAAGUCUUGAUUGGCAUUGCCUGGGGCACUCCUGGCGCAAAUAUACGAAGGUUUGCACACACUUUCUCCAACUACACAUCCGUCUCGAACAAGCAAGCGAUGACGUCAUACCCAAAUGAACGGCACCACAUGCAGGUGCCGCAACAGCUGGCCCUAGCCUCUUCAAGCUGCAUCUGCGGUCUACACACGUCGUUUCAGUCCCUGAAGGCCAAUCUCCUACUCUCCUUGGGCGUUGCUUUUACUGGCAUAGCUGUGCCCAUCGGCCUCUCAUACACGCUUCUGGGGUUUCUUGAUGCGAGUCCCGUCCAGGCUUUUGCAGCAGGAGCUGCACUAUGUUCGACCAGCUUGGGCACGACCUUCACGGUCCUCAACUCUAGUGGACUGGCUGCAUCGCGACUUGGCGUUGUGCUGACCAGUGCAGCCAUGCUGGACGAUGUUGUCGGUCUCGUCAUGGUGCAGGUCAUAUCUAAUCUUGGCGGCGACAACUUCAGUUGGAUCACGGUCGUGCGGCCUGUUAUCGUCUCGAUUGCAUUUGCAGUGGUGGCUCCUUUGACUUGUCUUUUUGGCGCCAAACCUGUUACUUUGUGGCUCAACCGACAUCGAGAGUCUCACCCAGAAUCAUGGCUAAACCACGUGCUACAGAAAACAGCCACUGCUUUCGUUAUCCAUACACUGAUUCUGGUUGGUCUUGUCACCGGGGCCACAUAUGCUGGAACUUCAAACUUAUUCGCAGCAUACAUUGCAGGAGCUAGCAUCAGCUGGUGGGAUAGUGAAGUUGCCCAUGCUGCGGCUGAGAAAAAGGUGUCGCAGGUAGCCAAUGUAGAGAGGGAAGAGACCAUCGUUACCAUUCCACAGACACCAUCGGGACAGCUCCCAGCCGACACACAUGAUCGAACUUCAAACGUAGCAACAGGAGAGUGUACCAGGAAAGAGGAACCGACAGAAGCUGCACAGCCUUCCGACAAACAACAUGGCCAUGCUCGAGAUGCUACCCACGGUUCCUAUAUCUACGGGUAUUAUUACCAUCCCGCUGUGUCCAAAAUACUUCAACCGCUCUUUUUCGCUUCGAUUGGCUUCUCCAUACCGAUCACGAAGAUGUUUGAUGCAUCGAUCGUCUGGCGAGGCAUCGUUUAUGCAGUCUUGAUGACCUUUGGAAAAUUGGUCUGCGGGCUUUGGCUCGUCAGGUUUACCUGGACUGCGGAACCUAGCAAAGGCGCUGCGAAAAGCUUGCUAUCGAAGUUGCGGCUUCCGUCAGUGCCUCACUCAUGGGGCAAGAGCGGGCAAGCGACCCCAUCGCCCCGGGAAGGCGCGCAAACUACUGCUACUACAACACCUGAGGCAACUUCGCAAAACAUGUCGAACCGACGUAGCUCUCCGAACCCACCGAAACCGUUCUCUCUGCACCCGCCUCUUAUCCUCGCUCUCGCCAUGUGCGCCCGCGGCGAGAUAGGGUUCCUAAUAUCUGGUGUCGCCGAGUCAAAGGGCGUCUUCUCAUCAUCAGGAGAGGCGUUGAAUGGACCGUCCGAUAUGUUUUUAGUAGUCACCUGGGCGAUCGUACUUUGCACCAUCGUCGGCCCCUUGGGUGUUGGUCUGUCUGUUCGUCGAGUCAAGAAGUUACAAAAGCGUAAGAAUCGACAGCAGGAGGGCACUGGACGGGACGUGCUUGGUGUUUGGGGAGUGGAAUAG